UUCAUGAUUACUCGUUCAUUCGCGCAACGACAACGAAUAUAUUUUCAAUAUUUAAUCGGUCUGUGUGGAAAAAGGCAUAAUUUGUUGGUAAUAACUACAUAUAUUUAAUUAGAAAUAUUAGAAAAGUGGAGAACAGCUGCUAUACUUUUUAAUUUCAAUGAAAAUCUAUCGCGAACUGUGAAGUUAGUGGAAAAAAACGUGUUAGAAAAAUUUUGCAGUGUGACUUGUGUGAUUUUCAUUGCUAAAGUCUUUUCACCACCACCACUACCGCCCUGUAGUGGCGAGUAGAGUUAUAGACGCAGCGGAGUGCGAGAAACAGGCAUUCGCGCCGUUUCUCGUUUUGUACUAGUCCGAGUGACCGCAUUUUUGUUUGAUUUUAGCUCAUUUUACUUUACCGUGUAACCAACUCCAAAUUUAUAGACUGCAUUAAAAAUAAUAAGUUUUGGGAAAAAUAUUGCUUAGAAAGUUUUGUGUUUGGAUUUUCGCAGAGUGGGCGGAGUAAAAUUUGGCUCUAUUAACAAUAUGGAUGUAGCCAAAUUGGAGAAGAUGAAGGUGAUAGACCUUCGAAAAGAGCUGGAAACGCGUGGCCUUGAUACCAAAGGUGUUAAAGCGGUUUUAGUUGAACGACUGCGAGCAUUUAUAGAAGACGGCGUGACUGCUCCCGGUACACCUGGAACUCCUGGUAGGAGAAGCCGUCGGACACGCUCAAUGACUCGUUCACCGUCACCUUCGCCGGUGAAGGCUACUGCAGUUGAACCUAAUUUGGAAACCCUCGCAGAAGAAGAAGAUAAUGUAAGCUCCCAGGAUGUUCCUACAGAUGAAAAUGUCAAGGAAGUGAUUGAAAGAGCAGAAUCGGUUGAGAUAGAAAACACUGAUCGAAAUAAGGAAAUUCCGGAAGAGCAGAUGGAAGUUGAACCUCAUGAAAAAGUAGAACAUAAUGGAGAGGAUGAGCAUGAAGAGGAAGUUGAUAGAAAACAGGAAGCAGAUAAUCACCAAGAAGAAAUUGAGGAAGAAAAAGAAGUUGAUGGGGAAAAAGAAAUUGAUGAAGAACCUCUUAAAGCAGAUGAAGUGCAUUCAGAAGUAAGAUAUCAAGAUGAUGAAGAUGUUGAAAUGGAUGCUAAAGAAAAUCAGCCAGAAGAAGAAGCAGAAGAAAAAGAACAAAAUAAAAGCUAUAAGGAAAAGAAAGAUGCGAAGGAGUUGGAGGAAAGUAAGCCUGAGUUAAGCAAACGUAAACGCUCCCGUACACGGUCACAUUCCAAGGAACGUCGUGGACGUACUGCUUCUCGAUCACGUUCCCGAUCACACUCAAAGUCAAGAUCACGUUCGAAAUCACGCUUAGAAUCUAAGUCGCGUUCACGAUCACCGAAACGGCGUAGUGGCGCUGGUAGCCAUGGUACACCAUCAAAAGCAGAAGAGGCCUCAAAUCCUGAAGAUGAGCCAACUAUUGAAGACAAACAAUUUGGUUUGAGUUGGUUUGAUUCAGAUUUACAUUUACGCAUUGAUCCUGUAACCUUUACGUCAGCAAAACCCAUGUCACAUGAUGUGUAUUCUUUAAUUUGGUCUGGAGCACGCACCAACUAUGGUGUACGUGAGGGAAAAGUCUGCUUCGAAGUGAGGCUGGCGGAAGAAACACAAGUGGGUCGCUCACAUCAAUUUCGUGAUGAACCGAAUUUGCGUGGUUUUCGUGUAGGAUUCUCUCUCCCCAACACCACUUUGCUGCUGGGCGAAGCAGAAAAUUCUUUCGCAUACUGUGAAUCUGGACGCAAAGCGACCAAUUCCGAUUUUACAGAGUUUUCGAAACCAUAUCAAUUGGACGAUGUAAUUGGUUGCUAUUUGGAUCUGGACAGUACGCCUUGCAACAUCAAGUACACGUUAAAUGGCGAAGAUCUUGGUGUCGCUUUUGAGUUUGAUAAAAGUAUUUUAGGUGAAAGUGAUGCGCUAUUUCCGCACAUUGUGACCAAGGGUUAUGAAUACCAUGUAAAUUUCGCUGAUAAUGAGAAUUUAUUGGCAAAUGUGGAGAGACCGAAACGUAUGCGGCGUAUACCCAAAAAGCAAAAAGAAACUGAAAAAGAAAAAGAAAAGGUAAAGGAUGAAGAAUCAAAAGAGGAAACUAGUAAGAAAACCGAAGAAGGUGCUGAAAAAACUGUAGAGGAAAAUGAUGAUGCUACUGAGAAAACUGCUGUCGUUGAAGAAGAUGUAGAAAUGGAAGAAAAGGAUGAGGUCAAGGAACCACAGGAAAUUGAAAAAACCGAUGACAAAGCGGAAGAGCUCAAGCCGACGGAAGACACCGAGGAAUCAAACGAGAAGUUGGCCGUUGAUGCUGAAAAGGUUGAAGAAAACGGUGACAAACCCGCUUCAACUGAAGCUGAAGCUGACGAAAAACCGUCUAAAGAGGACGAAAAAACCAAGGAUAAGGAAAUUAAGAAAAAAGAUGAAGAAGACAAUGGACCAUCGCCAACCAAACGAAAACGUUUGGACAGCAAAGAAAAACGUCGCGAGUCGUCCGAUGAAGAUGAAUAUGAAGAAGUCAUACCCGAACCACGUGAGACCGUUUCACUACUACCGGAUUAUGAACUUAUCGCAUUAAUACCAGAAGAAAAAUAUGUAUCUGGUCCACAAAGACCAAACAGUCGCAAGGAAUGCGAAGUUAUACUGCUAGUAGGUCUACCCGGUGCAGGAAAAACACAAUGGACAACAAAACAUAUUAAUGAUAAUCCAGAAAAACGUUAUCAUGUAAUUGGUGCUGAUGCGUUAAUUGCAAAAAUGACCAUUGACGGCGCGCCACGUAAGACCUUGCAUAAGGGUCGUUGGGAACGUGUCUACGAAUUGUGCUUGAAUAAUUUGUCUCCGCUUGAGGAGAUAGCAACUAAGCGACGUCGAAAUUUCAUUCUUGAUCAGACAAAUGUAUACGCAUCCGCACAACGGCGCAAAAUGAAAGGUUUCGGCGACUUCAAACGCAUUGCAGUUGUUUGCAUACCAAAUGAAGAUGAAUUGAAACGGCGCAACACUGAGAAAACUGAAAAGGGCAAUGAUAAUACAAUUAGAGAAUCAACAUUAAAUAAUUUACGAGCCAAUUUCACGCUGCCAUCAACAGAUCUGGAUUGGUUCGAUGAGGUAAUCUUCACCGAUCUUAGUGGCGAUGAGGCCAAGUCCGAGGUGAAACGCUACAAUGAGAAAGGCAAGAAAGCGUUGGACGAAAGUCAUCCGAAUAAACGCAAUCGUCGUGAUCACCAUCAACGCGGUGAUGAUCGUCGACAUCGCGAUGGUGGUGGCGGCGGUGGCGGUCGACGCGAUUUCCAUCGUUGGAAUGAUCGACGCGGCGGUGGCGGCGGCGGCGGCCACUCAGGUGGUGGCGGUAAUCGUUGGGCCGGCGGCGGUGGUGGUGGUGGUGGUGGCUACCGCGCCGGCUGGAGGGAUGAACGCGGCUAUGGUGGUGGCGGUGGCGGUGCUGGUGGUCGGGGCUAUGACAAUCGUAACAAUCGGUAUAGUAAUGGUCCGCAAAAUUGGGUGCAAAACAAUCGCGGUGGUAAUCGCUAUGACGACCGUUACAAUCGUUCAGGUGGCGGCGGCGGUGGUCGCUAUGAUUCAGGUGGUGGUGGUGGCGGCGGCGGCGGUGGACGCUACAGUUCGUACGGUGGCGGUGGCGGUGGUGGUCGCGACUAUCGUGAUCGUGAUCAUCGUGAACGCAACGCAGGCGGUGGUGGCGGUGGCGGAGGUCGACGCGACAACUAUCGCUCGGGUGGUGAUAACCAGCGGGAUUUUCGGCCUGGCCACCGCGACAAUCGUACAGAAGAUAGUCGCGGUGGCUAUGAGCGAUCGGGUACAGCGGCUGCUGGCGCGUCGGCGACCAAAUACGGCAGUAAUUUGAGUAAUGCUGUCGGCAGCAGCGGCGGUGGUAGUAGCGCGCACAGUCAUGGUGGCUAUCAUGGGGGGCAGAGCGGCGGCGCUCAUCAUGCCCAACACGGACAGUAUAAUAGUGGCAAGUCGGCGUCUACGGGUGGCGGUAAGAGCUCAACGCAGAGCGGUGGUAAAUGGAGCUCUUAUGGUCAACAGCUGUCACAUCAUCAGCAACAACAACAACAGCAGCAACAACAACAACAACAACAACAACAUUUGUCCAGUGGUGGCAAUUGGCAGCAGCAACAACAAGCGUCGACACACCAGCAUCAACAAUACCAACAACAAUCAGGCGCCCAACAACAAUACUGGGGCUAUGGCGACGACAUGCAAGGUUAUGGCAGUAGUGCUCAACAACAACAAAACUGGGGCAACACCGAUGCCAAUCAGCAACAGGAGUGGUUAGCGUGGUGGCAGCAAAAUCAACAGCAGCCACAAGCGUCGGCCGGUGAUACGAAUCAAUAUUGGUCACAAUACUCCUACCAGACAACAGCGACGGGCAAUGGUGGCGGCGGUGGAAGUGGUGGUGGUGAUGCUGCUGCAGGGAAAAAGUAAAAAAAUUUCCAAGAAAAAAACUAAAAAAUAAUUAAAAAAAAAAAACGCAGUGACAUAGUACAAUUUAAAUAUACGGAAGGGAAAAAGUUAUGAGUAAAGUAAAUAACAUAUUUUAUUGAAUUACACACACAUGCACAUUGGCCAGAUACAUACAAACAUAAUGAAAUAACAAGCAAAACAAGUUAAAAGGAAAACUCUUUAAAAAAUAUUAAAAAAAAAAUUAAAGCGAAGUAUGAAAAAUUAAAAAUAAAAAGAAAAUGUAAUUUGCUGUUUUGUUAGCAUUACAAACUUACGCUGGCACAUGUGACACACACAAAAACAUACACUGCAUAUAGAACACAUUAAAAGUCAAAUCAAAACUACAAGAACAUUCAUUUCGCUAUUCUUAAACUUAAACAAAAUUUUCCAAUGAGAGUUAAGUUAUGCAUUCUGAAAAUGAAGAAAAGAUACAAAAAAAAACACACAGAAAAAGAAAAUGAAAAAAAUGUUGUCAUAUGUUGAACUUGUAGAAGUCCCUCCGCCUAUUAAAAACAACAACAACAACUACGACUACUAACUAAAAUACAAAAACCACAUUAAAAACACCACAAUUUUCCCGUCAUAUAUAUAUAUAUUUUUUUUUUAUUAAUUUUUUUCUUAUAUAAUUAAAGUUAAGCAAAUUAGCAUAGCGCGUGAUGAUGAUGAUGAUGAGUAUGAGUUACAAACAUCAAGUUUUAGUUGCUUUCUUUUAAAUAUUUUAAUUAUUAUUAUUAUUAUCACUACACGCUAUUACAAGUUUUAAACAACAAAAAUUUUUUUACUAAUGCUUCUUUGUUCUUAUUCAUUUCAUCGUUAUUUACCGAAGGAAAUAUUUAAAAUAAUGUUUAAUUCUAUUUUCUUUAAUUUCUUCAUAUACUAUAUAUUUCUUUCACUACUUUUCGAACGUUUACUAAACUGUGAAGCUCAUAAAGAAAGCACAUGGAAUAAGUUAAUGUAAAGCAAAAAAAGAAA